CCAGAUACGAGGAAGGGCUUUUCGGCAGAGCCCAGGUAAAUCACCUGUUGCCUGCUUUCAAGGAGAUGCUGAUUCUAACCAGAGUGCUCUGAACCUUCCAGCCGAGUUUGGGAGCAGACAUUUGGACUUCAGAAGCUGGGGAAUAAGUUGAUCUCCGAAGCCUGAAAGAUGUUUUUUGGGGGAAAACGGUUGCUGUGUCAAGUUCCACGGCUGCUGGCACUGGGGGCUCUCAUGCUGCUCACCACAGCCAUGCUGAAGUACAGCCGUUGGCAGUGUGACCCCAGCUACCUGGGGAGGAACGCCACGGACCCCAGAGGUCAGUUCUGCAAGGACAGGCUCUACCAGUCGGUGAGUCUCUCCACCCAGGAGAACAUCAGCUGCUCUGGGCUCGGGAGAGGGGACAUGGAGGCGAUCCAGAAAGUUCUGCUGAGCAAGUUGCAACAGAAGAACAAACGGGUGCCCUUGGAUGAGAAGUACUACUUGAAUCUAACCAAGGAUUGUCAGAACUUCAAAGAAAGGAGAAAGUUUAUUGGGUUCCCUCUGAGUGAAGCGGAGGAAAACUUCCCUAUUGCUUAUUCCAUGGUUAUCCACGAGAAGAUUGAGAUCUUUGAAAGGCUGCUGAGAUCCAUCUUUGCUCCUCAGAAUAUAUACUGCGUCCAUGUAGACAGAAAAUCUCCCGAACUUUUCCAAAAGGCUGUCCGGGCCAUCGUCUCCUGCUUUGACAACGUCUUCCUGCCCUCUAAGCAGGAGCAGGUGGUGUACGCCUCUUGGUCGAGGGUCCAAGCUGACUUGAACUGCAUGGAAGACCUGCUUCAAAGCAAGGUGCGUUGGAGGUACCUCCUGAACACCUGUGGGACCGACUUCCCUAUCAAGACGAAUGCAGAGAUUGUCCAAGCCCUCAAACUGCUGAAUGGGAAAAACAACAUGGAGUCUGAGAAGCCUUCUUCGUACAAAACGAACCGGUGGAAAUACCACCACGAAGUGACAGAUUCCAUCGUUCAGACCAAGACGACCAAGCAACCCCCUCCUCAAAGCUCUCCCAUGUUCACCGGCAAUGCCUACAUCGUGGUCACCAGGGAGUUUGUCCAGCACCUCUUUGAAGACCCAACUGCAAGACAGUUGAUAGAAUGGUCCAAAGAUUCCUUCAGCCCAGAAGAACAUCUCUGGGCCACCUUGCAUCGCAUGCCAGGGGUGCCUGGCUCGGUCCCUUUCAAUGACAAAUUUGAUCUCACGGACAUGAACGCCAUCCCGAGGCUGGUGAAGUGGUCCUACCUUGCAGGGGACAUCAGCAAGGGGGCCCCUUACUCACACUGUUCUGGAGCUUACCAGCGGGCCGUCUGCAUCUAUGGGUUUGGGGACCUCCCCUGGCUGCUCACACAUCACCACCUAUUUGCCAACAAGUUUGACCCCAAUGUUGACGAUUACGUAAUCCAGUGUUUGGAGGAGCACCUGCGCUACAAGGCCAUCUACCGGGAGGCCCCUUGAGUGAGAUGCCUCCACAAGGGGCCUCUG